AUUUUCUACAGUAUUUCCAGAGCAAGCGAUUGAUAAACCCCCACCAAAAACUUCCAUAACUCUCGGCAGCGGGAAAAGGGUAUGAAGAACACGCUGAGGUAUUCCCCUUCCUUCGAUUUGCACUUCAAAUUGAAAUUUGUGGUAGUUUAAUUCUAAUUUUUUGUUAGACUAUAAUGGAUACUCGGUUUCCCUUACUCUGCUUCUUAUUAUUAUUUUUUUUUUGGGGUAUCUGCUCAUUAGUUGGUUCUCAUUUGAUGAUUUUUGUUUUCUUUUUUUCUUUGUAGUUAUUGGUUCCCGGAAUCUCAUUCAGCUAGCUAGUUAAAGAUUUAAACUUUAAUGUGGUCAGGAUCCGUGUUCGUCAUUGCUGCUUGUUCAUUGCUGUUUUGGUGUAUGUUUUGUAUGUACAGUUAUCACCACCUCCAUCUAGUUAAACAAAUGAAAAAGGAAGUGGUACGUGUUGAAUUUCAUGACAUAGGGUACAUUUAAGCUAGGUGUGUUUAGGGCUUUUCUAGAAAAAAAUUCUCCAUGGAGGAAAUUUUUAGGGAGAAAAUCAACUUAGUGGGAAAAGAAAUUGAAUGUGGGGGAUUCUUAUUCAAGCCUCAGUUACCUUUCCUGUUUCGUUGACAUGGUUAGCUUAAUUUUCAACAUUAUUUCAAAUUUCGUGUUAACUAGCACUACUGUAUUUUUUCUCAGCAACAAGAUGGUUCAAUUACUUUGAGUUAUCUAUCUGAGGAAGCAUGUUUGCUGAAGGAACAGUGCUUUGAGUUAUUUUGAAGUAGAAAGAAAGGAAAAAUGGCUGUUGCUUCCCUACACACUGGAUUCUCCUUAUGUGGCUCGUCAGUUUCUUUCUGUGAUGUGGCUCUUACCAUUUCAAGCCAUCAGCAUUUCCAGAGAUUCUUCUUGCACCCAUCUUCAAAAAGAUGGCAUCUGCUCAAAACGCCGACUUGCUUAGCAGCCAUCAGUCGAAAUAAUAAUUCAGGACCUGAUGAAAAUCCUAGUCCAAAUCCAAGUUUGAAGCCUAAAAGAUCAACUUCUCAGAUUCAGAACUCAAAAUCAGCAAAAAAUGAAGUGAAUGAUCCUAAUGGGACGUUCACCAUUACUAAACCUAAAAGAACAAGACGUGGCCGGAAAAGUGAAGCAGCUGCAGUUGAGGAUCUUGUACGUGGUAAACUUGAGCGGACAUUUGCAUCGAUCAGAGAACAGAAUCCAGAAAUCUUGAAAGACUGGGGAAGAAUAAUAAAAGAGAAGGUUGGUGAUGAUGAGGAUGAUGAUAUUGGUUCUGAGGAUAGUGGCAAUAGUGAAGCUCAGGAUCAUGCAAACAUUGAAAGCAAGAUGGUUGUUGAGGAGGAGGAUCCCAAUUGGCCUCUGGAUGCAGACGUAGGCUGGGGAACUAGGGCGUCAGAAUAUUUUGAGAAUUACCCUAUUAAAAAUGUUCUUGACGAAGAUGGUUUUGAGAUUGAUUGGGAAGGGGAGGUUGAUAAUGGCUUAGUGAAGGAAAUAAAUUGUCUUGAAUGGGAAAGCUUCGCAUUUCGACCCAGCCCAUUGGUAGUUCUUGUUUUUGAAAGAUACAACAGGUCAAGUGAAAACUGGAAAGUUCUGAAAGAACUUGAGAAGGCUGCAGAGGUGUACUGGAAAUGCAAGGAUCGAUUGCCUCCUCGGACAGUAAAGCUAGACAUCAACAUUGAGAAGGAUCUAGCUUAUGCGCUGAAAGUUAAAGAAUGUCCUCAAAUAUUGUUCUUGCGAGGAAACAGGAUACUACAUAGGGAAAAAGAGAUGCGGACUGCUGAAGAGCUAGUGCAAAUGAUGGCUCAUUUCUAUUAUAACGCAAAAAAGCCUACAUGCAUUAAAUGAUUCUGCUCCGUCUCAAAGUUGGUUGGAGGUAUCAGUUUAAUACGAAGCAUUAGACCCAACUCCGGUGGACAAAAGCAAUUUCCAGACCUCCGGUCAUUUUGAAGAUCUGUUGCCUUUCAUGGCCUAAAAAGCUUGGAGGGGAAGGAUUGAUUUGCCUUUCAUUUUGAAGAUCUGUGUAAUGGAUUUCAGCUACUGAUGGAUGUUUGAUCCUUUUUGGUAGCCUAAAGAAGAAUACUACUCUUCUAGGACUGCAAGAACUCAAAGGGUAUGAGAUCGAACUCAUUAUCGAAGGAGGAGAUUUGGAUGGUGAUGGUGCUAUUAACCAGCUGAUAUUUUUGCAUUUUGAUGUAUAGAUUGAGUCUUGAGUUAAUGCAUAUACUGGCACUGUCAUUUAAAUUGCUGGAAGAAGAGGACUUUGUACAAGAUUUUCUGCAAUGAUUGCUCCUUUUGAUCACUGUUACUCCCUUCGUUCCAUAAUUAUUGUCCAGUUUAGGUUUUUAUUUCUAGUUCAAAUCGUACUAAAAAUGAAAUCUCAAAUUGGACAAUAAUUAUGAGACAGAGGGAGUAUUUCUUUUACGGCUCAUAUUCUGAAAUUGUCGGGAAAAAGGGUAAUGAUUUGAUUAAACGAUUGGAUAAAUGAUCACAUGAUGCAGGGCUUCUUUUAUUAUAACUUGCUUUUGUAGCAUGCUCCUAAAUUGAUUGAUCUUCUUGUUCCCACUUAAAUUUCAUCAGUUUUUCUUCCACGAAAGAUUAGAUUAAC